UCCCACCCGAGCGGAGUUUGAAAUUCAGCCCAUGUUUCGCAUAGAGACCCAGGAAGCACCGCCCGGUCGGCACAUUCGAUGAGAUUAUUCAAACUGAUACCGACAACUACGUGAAGGCGGGAGGCAGAGAAGCGGAACUUUUAACAGAAACUUGUUCAGUUCGGCUGGUAACUGAUUAACAACAAAUAGCGCGGUUGUUGUUUCACGAUAGCUAAACGGAUUCUCUGGGAUGGCUACAAAAAAACCGAAAGAAAAUGAUCCCAGCAUUCCCUUUGCUGCUCUCCAGCUGUUGGCUCCUCCCGUCCGCCUGGUGUCGGCGGCGCUCUGGAAGGUGCUAAAGCAGAGGGAUGUGAUGCAGUACGGGGUUGUGGAGGAGUUUGUGUCUUCGGCCUGCGAUACCGUUCCUGGCCUGCUAACCCUGCGACACCAGGGCAAGCUGGUGCUGGGCCUCAGAGCACGGUUAAUAUUAGAGUUGUGUCUCAAACAGCCAGAUGUUGACGUGAUUGCACCACAUCUGGAGAGGAUCCGUGUUCCUGCUCCUCUUUCGUCCGGAUCAGCUGUGAAGAAGGAUGUGAAAAUUCAGAAAACGGUGGAAAGUUUCCAUGUUUUUGUUCAAACGCUGCUAACAAAUGAAGCAGAGAGAGAACACUUCUUUAAAGAACAGUUUCCCACUGAUUAUGGCCCAAAGUUUGACCAGGAGCUGGAGAAGCUGUUGUGGGAAUUUCUGAUUCGACUAGACCAGUUGCUCCCGGUUCCCAACCUAGCCCAGACGGUGUCAUGGCUGUGUGACGCCCCUCCUGUCCUGGAGGAGUGUGCACAAGCAGCAACUCAGCCACAGCUUCUCAAGAUCUUACUUCAACAUCAGGCUUGUCUGGGUCACCUGGAGUCAGCAGCGUCUCUACCUCCAAACAUGGGUGACUCCAUCCUGGCUUCUCUCUCUCUGCCUCCAUCUGGAAAAGUCCCAUCGGAUCAGUCGGCCGCUGAGCGGACAAACUGCUCAAGGCCGGGAGCGACCACGCCGUUGGUCACACCCGUAAUCGGACUCAUUUCCAACGGCGAAAAAGCCUCGCAAGGUGGUGAGAAAUCCAACUCAAAAGACGCAAGAGGUGAUCAAUGGGAUCCAAAUGCGAAAUUCACCUUGGUCAAACAGAAACCCAAACCUGUUGGCGUGAGUUCCUUAAAUGAAAGCAGAGGAAGGAAACGCAAGCAACCAGACACAGCUGAAAGUGACCCUGAGGAGGAAUUCAUAUCUGGAGAAAAAAGCAUCAACAGGAACCAGAGAACCAAAGAAAAAUCGCAAACUUUACAAAACAACAGCUACGAUAGAGAACUCCUAAAUAGACAUAUAAGUAAGCUGGGCAUCAAAAAGCUGCACCUGCCUGAAGAUCCGUCCAUUUGCUCUGUGUUUGCUUCUUGCCUGAGCAGCAACCCCAGAGUUGUUAUCAAAAAACUGUCGGUUUCUUCUGCUAGCGUUAGCUUGUCUGGAGGAGAAGGGAAGUCCUUCUACAAGGAGCAGCAGCAGCAGAAGUCCUCAACAUGGAAACAAACAAGUGUCUGUCAAACGCCUGAAAGUCCUGGCCUGGAUGACAAAGAAAAUCAGCCGGUUUUAUCCAGUGGGAGCAGCUCUUCCUCCCAGCAGAGGACUCCUGCAGAAAUCGUUUCUCCGUCAGGAGGCGAGUACGUAGCAGAUUCUGAAGAUGAGGCGUCAAAAAACUUCAAAGGGAGGCUGUUCAUGAAGCGUUACUACAAGACCAAACGCGGCACAUACGUUCCCACCCUGAGGGAGUUCUGGAAACCCGGGACGGCCCGACCAGACCUGCUGUCCGCUGGCAGCAAACGGAGGCGAUAAGAGGCACAUUCACUGUUUUACAGCCUGGAAACUAAAACGUUACAUAAUGUGUGGUGUUUGACUUUUAUAUUACCUUCUGCUAAAAAAAUGAAACCGUCUGAAAUGCAGCUGUCACUGCAGUUUAGACAGAUACCAGAUAAUAAAAGCUCAUUUAGUGUG